AAAAAUAAACACUUUACACUUUGUCGUUGUUAUCGUCGCCGUCGUCGUGCUUCGUGAUGCGGAAGAAGAACACCGGAGUCGCGAUUCCCGAAAUUGAAUGGACAGCCGAUGUGAUCUGGCAAUUGCUAACCCAAAUAGAGUUGUCAGAAAACAGAGUCGUGCUGCUGGGGAAGCGCAAGAAGGGCGAGAGAACAUCGGGCGACAGCAAAGUCACCGUUUACCAGCGCAUGGGGGCCGCGAUAUUCCCACAGUUACAUAGCUUGAAUGCUGUUGCAGUUGGAGAACGUGUCAAACGGAAAUAUGAGCACCUGACAAAGAAAUACAAAGAGCUGGCUCGCCGGCUUCGGACAACAGGUGAAGGCAUCCAAGCUGAUACAGAUGGCAAUCUGUCCGACGGCGACAACAAAUAUUUCGAGUGUUAUGUUCCUGCUUCUGGACCAAACGAGACAACUACUUCGAGGGCACAGUCCAUUUGGGGUAUGUACCUUACAUUACUGUGCAUCGUCUCCGAGUAUAAAUAACUCCACUCCACCCUCCGAGAUCCCUGCGUGGCGGGCAAUGUCCUCUAGUGACCCGCCAUUUCCGUAGCGUCCCAUCCGAUAGAGUGUGACAGCAAGCUGAGUCUGGAUGGGUGUUUGAGAAUUGUGUGAAUUAUUAUAGAAUACAGGAUGGUCUUCGAUUAAAUCAAGUAACACCUCGAAAACCGUAGGGGAAAUUCGAAGCAUGUUGGUAAAGCGGUCGUGGUCAGAUGGACUUUUGGCAUAUUCCCAAGCAAGGUGUAAACUACUCGCUUUCGCGGCAAUGGGGGAUCGUCCUUGUAGGUAGCGAGUUUGCCGGAUUGUGAGAAUGCAAGAUAUGUCACAGUGCAGCUGCUGUGCUGCUUCUUCUACAGUCUCUGCAGGGUGAAAUAAGAUACGAAGGACAAUAAGGAUGAGGUAUGAGCGCAGGUAUUGCUCGUGCAAUGUGUGACGAGCCAUCUGUGAUAUGUUUAUUG